AGUGUUGAGAACAUUGUUUAGAGUCAAUUCAGUUUCAAUAAAGUUGUAUCAGUUGAGACGACUUUCAAGAAAUUUAAACAAAUCCUUUAGAACGAGAAAUGGCUACUGAAGUUCCGGAUGAUCUUAUGGAUUUGGUGGCAAAAGAAAUAGAAGUUACGAGGCUAUCAUUGGUAUCAAUUAAUCCCGAAACUAGAAAUGACGGUAUAGCACUAAUUAAUCGACUGUUACUGGAACAUACUGGAGACACGAGUGAUGCAUUUCAAUUGAAUGAUUAUUUGAUGAUAUGGAGAGGAUUGAUUAACUUUAUGUGGAAGUCUGAUGAACUACUACCUCAAGGAAGUGCUAUGGAAAAGAUAAGUUAUCUUAUCCAUAGUUGUACUUCUUAUCAAGGAAAAAUAUUAUUUUUAAAUGCACUUUUUAUGACCAUCAAAGAUGAGUGUUUGUCAACAACUCAGCAUCAUAUUGAUAAAUGUAUGAUAUUGGUGAGGCGUUGUUUAAGACAAUUUCUAUUUACCUUUUUCAUUUGUGAUUGGAAUUUUGAGAAUAUGAUUAAAUUGAGUGAGGUUCUAUAUACAGCCUUCGAAUCAUUCACUCUUAGUUUAAGAAUUCGUUUACAAGACAUUUUCUUGGAAGAACUAGCUAAAGUAAGUAGAGGAAUAAUGCCAAAUGAAUCAUUGGUCAUUAUUUUAGAUUCAUUCCUAAGUUACAAUUCGGAGCUCAAUGAUUUUAUGUUAAGAAGAGAAGUUACCCAAAAUGUAUUUAUAAAUCUUCUAUCUCUACCAUUUGAAGUUAAGAAAAUGUUAGGAGCCAAGUUUCAAGCUCGGAGAAAAAUUGGUAAACCAGGCAAAUCAUACAAUGACUUAAAAAUGACUUGCAUCGAGUUCAAUCCUCAAGACGUAGUAAAGGUUUUGAAUAAAUAUGUAACUGAAGUUGAUUUUACCAGAAAGUGUUCGUUGGAAUUAACUAAAUCAAUAAAAUGUUAUAGCUGUUUGAGAGAUAGUAUCCAACCCUGUAAGCCAAAAGACUUGAAACUAAAUAGUCAAGUAUUAAAGCAAAGAAAGAAAAAAUAUGUAUCUAAAAUGGUAUACGAAGGAGUCAAACAAUUGGAAAUAAUUGAUUCUAAGAGUAAAAAAAAUGGCCGUGCAGUUAAUGUACAUAAAAGUCUUAAAGAAUUUAAUAAGAUGGGUGAAAUAGUAGAAGAACGUGGAAAAAUUGGAAAAUUUAUGUGGAAAGUCAGAAAGUUUAAUAAUGCCAAUACAUUAAACAAGGAUUUCAAUUUACAUAGAUCAUGGAAAGUAUCAAAGGAAACAAAAAACAACAGCACUAACACUGUGUGUAUGAAUGAUGAUGAACCACCACUUCAGGUGCCGGCUGGAUUUAAAGUUGAAGUUUUAGAGACUCCAGAAAAAGCACCAACAAAAAUGUCAAAAAAGUUUUCAACCCCAAGGAUAAAAUCUAUCAAAGUUGGUUCAUCCCUAAAAGAAAGUAAAUCCAUUAAACUCAAAAGGAAAAGCAUAAUUUUAAAAAUCAAUGAUAGAUCAAACAAGAAAAAUAUUAACAAACAAAAUUCUCCCAUCAUUAAAAUUGGUACUCCUAAAGUAUCAAAUGCUAUUCAUAACAGUUGGUCUGUAUCUACAGACUAUGGAGGGUCUGCUUUAAAGAAGGCACCACUUUUGGUGCCUGCUGGAUUUAAGGUUGAAGUUUUAGAGACUCCAGAAAAAGCACCAACAAAAAUUUCAAAAAAGUUUUCAACCUCAAAUUCAAAAUCUAUUACAAUUGAUUCAACUCCAAAAGAAAGUAAUUCCAAUAAGCACAUAUGUAAAAGAAUAAAUUUAAAAAUCAAUUAUGGAUCAAAUAUGAAAAAUAUUAACAAACAAAAUUCCCUUUACAUUAAAAUUGGUAUACCUAAUGCCUUAAACAAGAGUCAUACAAAUAGUUGGUCAGUAUCUGUAGACAAUGGAAAGUCUACGUCUAAAAGGUCACCUCUUUUGGUGCCUGCUGGAUUUAAAGUUGAAGGUUUAGAGACUCCACAAAAAACAACAACAAAAGUUCAGAAAAAUGUUUCAACCCCUAAUGGAAAUCAUUCAAUUGAUUCAAAAAGCAACAAAUUUUGUAAUAUAUUAAAACGUAUUUCAUUAACAUCUAUAAUUACACCAGAGAAGAGUUUCAAGAGCCCCAAAAGCUCUGAAAGUCCAAAUUUUGAACACAAAGUAUUGCGACGAAGAACAAUUAUAAUUUCCAAGAAAAUACCCGAUGGACAAAAUGAAGGUACACCUAAAAGAAAAAUGCAUGAAACUUCAGCUACAAAAGUUGUGCAAAAACGUAGGAAAAUAAUAGCAAAAGAAGAAAUAAGCAUGUCAAAACCUAAAGAAAUUUUGAUUAAGGCACAUGAAAAAGUGCGAAAUGAGGUCUAUGAAAAUGGUUUUGGUUCUCUUAGAAGAAGUCCUCGGCUGUCAAUUAAACAUGAUUUCUGCCAAUGUUGAGCGAGGUGGAAGUGAGUAGUGUGGAUGUCGAACCACUGCCUUCAUCUUCAGCGGUUGAGAAUGACAAGAAAGAAGAUUAAAACCAAUUGCCAGCUUCAAUAUAAAUAUUACACAUAAUUGA